GAAGCGAGACGCUGCAUAGUUAAACGCUUGUACAAAGAAGAUAAAAUGUUUAAACCCACCCAUCGAUCAUCGCCGCUUACUCCUGAGAUUCUUGGUUGUCUCUAAUAACCCGAGGUGUAAACGACUCGGGCCCGUUCACUCAACAGCAAACCGAAUCGCCGUUAGAAUCUCCAACCCCACUCUCGAUACAAACACAAAUCUUGAAGGUCCGAUCAUCAACUUCAACAUGGAGGAGUCGUCCCCCGCUCCUAUUCGCGAACCAGACACUGCGUCGCUAGAUUGCCGACUUUGUAGUCUGACAUUCCGGACCGUUGAGGAAAAGCGCCAACACGCCAAGAGCGAGUCGCAUGUUCACAGGAUCCGCUGCCGAAUUGCAGAGGCUGCGGGUAGCGAUCCGCAGCUACAGAGCGAGCCAACCAAAUCCUCGUCACCGCGGCGGAGACCGACGUCCAUACCACGGCAAACCGAUUUUGAGAGCUCCGAGGAAUCGGCAAGCGACACAUCCUCGUCAUCCGACAAAGAAGCUGUAAAGUUCGUCGCCGAAGACUGCCUCUUCUGCAACCACACCAGCAGCAACUUCAAUGAAAACCUGGCACACAUGCAACAAGCGCACAGCCUCACCGUUCCUUUCCAGUCUUUUUUGUCAGUCGACUUGACCACCCUCAUCUGGUUCCUCCACAUGGUCAUUUUCAGUUAUCGGGAAUGCAUCUGCUGUGGGAAACGCCGCCGAACGGUCGAGGCUGUCCAGCACCACAUGACAUCUCUGGGGCACUGCCGCUUCGAUGUAACCGAGGAAAUGAGCGGGUUUUAUGAUAUGACUGCUCUGAGUCAACAGACUGCAGACAAUUGCAGUCAUGUCGAUGACCACACCCUUCGACUACCAUCUGGCAAGCUCCUCGCCCAUCGCGAUCACGUCAACUCCGAUUCAAGAAACAGGCUACGCGAGAAACCAACCCAGGCAGGGAUCCCAUCCGGCUUGCCAGGUGCCGCCGCAGCUGCCGAGAACGAAAGCAGCCCUUGGGCGCUCAACCUCACCAAGAGAGAUCGAAAAGACCAGGCGUUGACAACACAGCUCGCCCGGUUACGCACCGGCGACCAAAUGGGCUUGAUGCACUUGCCCGAGUCGCAACGGCGCUCGCUCCUCGCGGCACACAAGAAGGAGCUGGACAAGGCGAAACGUGCGGAGCGGCGGAUACAAAGUCGGUUGGACAAUGUCGGGAACAAUAUUGCGGUUCACACCAAGUACUACAAGCAGGAGGUUCCGGUGUAUAUGGGAGGUUAGGUACAGGUACAUUUUGUCCAAGGAACAAUGUGUUGGGUCAUGGACUUAAAGUGACUACAUGCUAUGUGUUUUUAGGAUUCAUGCUUUACCGGAGGUUCGUCAUAGCUUGAAACCUGCAGGUGUGGAGUGCGCUUGGUGUCCAUCUCUGGCUCAUCGAAUCAUCUACUAGGUAACCAUGAGUUGUUGUCGUUCCGGAAGCUCUCCUCUGAGCGAAGUGCUGCACGUGGCCCUGUAGGGUGAAAACAAGGAGCGGUCUUGAAAACCAACUUGGAAUAUAGGGCAGUUCUCAUCGGUUAAAGAAGGAAAUCC